AUGCUCACUCUGCACCACCUCGAGGCGUCGCGCUCCAUCCGUGUGCUGUGGCUGCUUGAGACGCUCAACACGCCCUACGAGAUCAAGCACUACGCCCGCGACCCCAAGACGCGGCUCGGCGUCGAUGCGGCCUUCUCCGGCAAGGGCCUGGCGGCGGUGCACCCGCUGGCGCGCUCGCCCGUGCUGACCGACGGCGAGCUCGUCAUCUCCGAGACGGGCGCCAUCUUCCAGUACCUGCUCGCGCACUACGGCGGCGUCGACAUUGCCGCCAAGACGCAGCAGGCGCAGGAGCUGAGCUUCUGGCUGCACUUCUCCGAGGCGUCGUUCAUGCUGCACCUCAUGCCGCUCCACUACGCCAACCGCGCCGGCGUGCUCACCGACGACGGCAGCUCGGCCCAGGAGGCCAUCAUCGCGCGCGGCCUUAAGGUCGACAUCGAGUACAUCGAGCGCACGCUGCGUGCCAACGGCGGCUCGCUGCUUGGCGGCGGCAUCGGCCCCGCGGAUAUCUGCAACAUCUUCGGCCUCGAGAUGUUCGCGGCGAUGACCGGAGCACGCAGCGCGGCAUGGCGUGAGAAGCUGGGCCUCGCCGUGGGUCCGGAGAUCCAGAAGUGGCUGGAGCGCUGCGCCGCGGAGCCGGCGUACAAGGAGGCGCAGAAGAAGGAGGGCGACUGCAAGGAGGCCUUGUACGUCAGCAAGCUGUUCAAGCAGCCUUCCUAG